AUGAAGCUUGGGUCAAGUCAUGUUCAAGGUUGUUGGCUGUCGAAGUUGUCUUUUUCCCUCCUCUUUCUUCUGGGGAGGUUGUAUGCUCGGUACGGAUGCUCCGUAGGGAAUGGGUCUAGAAAAGAAUUGACCAUCAGGCAGCGUUGCAUGUUCGACGAUCCUGGUGUCGUUGCAAGGCAUAAGCGCUCAGCAGCUAAGAGAGUUCUGGCCACAUUCAACGAUCCAAGAGCUGUCAUGCCAACAAUGAUAUGCAGCAAAGACAAACGAUGCUAA